AUGGCUUCCAAGACUGUAGCCCUCAUCACCGGCGCCAACCAAGGCAUUGGAUUCGAGAUAGCCAGGCGCCUAGCCACUGAACAGAAAGACUAUGUUGUUGUCAUGGCGGGCCGUCGCAAGGACGCCAUUGAAGAGGCUGCCAAGAAGCUGCAGGCCGACGGCCUGACCGUCGAACCCAUCGUUCUGGACGUCGAUUCAGACGAGUCCAUCGAGGCCGCGGCACAAGAGGUCGAGCAAAAGCACGGCCGCCUCGACGUGCUCAUUAACAACGCGGGCAUUAGCAACUACACGGACCCCAAGUUGGCCAAGGCCAGCUCGGCCGUCAAGACGCGCAGCGAGUGGGCCGCGAUCAUGAACACCAAUGUCAGUGGUGUGGCCGCGGUGACGGACGCGUUCUUGCCACUCAUGAAGAAAUCGAUUGAGACCAACAAGCCGAAGCGUAUCGUGUUUAUGUCGUCGACGCUGGGCAGCAUGGGCUACAAGUCGGACCCCAAGGCGCAGACCCACGCAAACGUCGCACGCGCGUAUACGACGAGCAAGGCGGCGCUGAACAUGCUGGCGUGGCACUACAUGGUGGACUUGGAGGGCGACACGACCAACUGGAAGAUCAACUGCAACUGCCCGGGCUAUUGCGCGACGAACCUGAACGGAUACGCCGGCUACGACACUGUCGAGAACGGGUCGAUCAACGCAGUACGCUUGGCAACGUUGGGGCCUGAUGGCGAGACGGCGACAUACACCAACCGCCAGGGCGUCAUCCCUUGGUAG